AGGUGAGGAGGCGGAGUGAGACGCAGCAAGGGAGGCGGAGUGAGGCGCCGCCUGAGCCGCAGCACUGCCGCCCCCUGAGGGGAGAGUGAGGUGUCCUUCCGCCGGCUGUUUCCGGAUCGCAGGCGGCGGCGGCCUUCCCUCCGUCUCUCUCCGUCCCCGCCGCCAUUCAGAGCCUCGCCGCCGGGAUGGAGCCCCAGAACGCCAACAACGCCUCGGGCGCCAUGGCGCAGAUCCUCCCCAUCCGCUUCCAGGAGCAUCUCCAGCUCCAGAAUUUAGGCAUUAAUCCGGCCAACAUUGGCUUCAGCACUCUGACCAUGGAGUCUGACAAAUUCAUCUGCAUACGAGAGAAAGUAGGAGAGCAGGCCCAGGUGGUCAUCAUUGACAUGAAUGAUCCCAGCAAUCCCAUCCGCAGGCCCAUCUCCGCAGACAGCGCCAUCAUGAACCCUGCCAGCAAGGUCAUUGCUCUCAAAGCUGGGAAGACUCUCCAGAUCUUUAACAUUGAAAUGAAGAGCAAAAUGAAGGCUCAUACCAUGACUGACGAUGUCACCUUUUGGAAAUGGAUCUCUCUGAACACGGUUGCGCUAGUGACCGACAAUGCUGUCUACCACUGGAGCAUGGAAGGAGAGUCCCAGCCAGUCAAAAUGUUUGAUCGCCACUCUAGUCUUGCCGGCUGCCAGAUAAUCAACUACCGUACUGAUGCUAAGCAGAAAUGGUUGCUUUUGACUGGUAUAUCUGCACAGCAAAACCGUGUAGUAGGAGCCAUGCAGCUUUAUUCUGUAGAUAGGAAAGUGUCCCAGCCGAUCGAGGGCCAUGCCGCUAGCUUCGCACAGUUCAAGAUGGAGGGCAAUGCUGAAGAGUCCACCCUUUUCUGCUUUGCGGUCCGAGGACAAGCUGGAGGCAAGUUGCAUAUCAUCGAGGUUGGCACACCCCCCACCGGAAACCAGCCCUUUCCCAAAAAGGCAGUGGAUGUCUUCUUCCCACCCGAAGCACAGAAUGACUUCCCGGUUGCCAUGCAGAUUAGUGAAAAGCACGACGUGGUCUUCUUGAUCACCAAAUACGGUUACAUCCAUCUCUAUGACCUUGAAACAGGCACCUGCAUCUAUAUGAACCGGAUUAGUGGCGAGACCAUCUUUGUCACUGCUCCUCACGAAGCCACGGCUGGAAUCAUUGGGGUCAACAGAAAAGGACAGGUCCUCUCGGUGUGUGUCGAGGAAGAGAACAUCAUCCCGUACAUCACCAACGUGUUGCAGAACCCCGACCUGGCGCUGCGGAUGGCCGUCCGUAACAACCUGGCUGGUGCCGAAGAACUCUUUGCCCGAAAAUUCAAUGCCCUUUUUGCCCAAGGGAGCUAUUCGGAAGCGGCAAAAGUGGCAGCAAAUGCCCCCAAGGGAAUAUUGCGUACGCCAGACACCAUCCGCCGGUUCCAGAGUGUCCCAGCGCAGCCGGGCCAGACCUCUCCCCUGCUUCAGUAUUUUGGGAUCCUACUCGACCAAGGGCAGCUGAACAAGUAUGAGUCCUUGGAGCUCUGCCGGCCGGUCCUCCAGCAGGGACGCAAGCAGCUCCUGGAGAAAUGGUUGAAGGAAGAUAAGCUGGAAUGCUCAGAAGAACUGGGAGAUCUGGUGAAAUCUGUGGAUCCAACGCUGGCUCUGAGCGUCUACCUGAGAGCCAACGUCCCCAACAAAGUUAUCCAGUGUUUUGCUGAAACAGGACAAGUCCAGAAGAUUGUGCUCUAUGCCAAAAAGGUUGGCUACACUCCCGACUGGAUCUUUCUCCUGAGGAACGUUAUGCGGAUCAGCCCAGACCAAGGACAGCAGUUUGCCCAAAUGCUGGUUCAGGAUGAAGAGCCCCUUGCAGAUAUCACCCAAAUUGUGGAUGUGUUCAUGGAGUACAACCUGAUUCAGCAGUGUACAGCGUUCUUGUUGGACGCCCUCAAAAACAACCGCCCCUCCGAGGGCCCUCUGCAGACCCGCUUGCUUGAAAUGAACCUCAUGCAUGCCCCCCAGGUUGCGGAUGCCAUCUUGGGCAACCAGAUGUUCACUCACUACGACCGGGCCCACAUUGCCCAGCUGUGCGAGAAGGCUGGCCUCCUCCAGCGAGCCCUGGAACACUUCACCGACUUGUACGAUAUCAAGCGUGCCGUCGUUCACACUCAUCUUCUCAACCCUGAGUGGCUGGUGAACUAUUUUGGCUCCCUGUCUGUGGAAGACUCCCUGGAAUGCCUGCGUGCCAUGCUUUCCGCCAACAUCCGCCAGAACUUGCAGAUUUGUGUCCAGGUGGCCUCCAAGUACCACGAGCAGCUUUCAACACAGUCCCUCAUCGAACUGUUCGAAUCCUUCAAGAGCUUUGAAGGUCUCUUCUAUUUCCUGGGCUCCAUCGUCAACUUCAGCCAGGACCCAGACGUGCACUUCAAGUAUAUCCAAGCGGCUUGUAAGACGGGGCAAAUUAAAGAGGUGGAGCGGAUUUGCCGAGAGAGCAACUGCUAUGACCCGGAGCGGGUGAAGAACUUCCUCAAGGAGGCAAAACUGACCGAUCAGCUUCCAUUGAUUAUUGUGUGCGACCGCUUUGACUUUGUCCAUGACCUGGUGCUCUACCUGUACAGGAACAACCUCCAGAAAUACAUUGAAAUCUAUGUUCAAAAGGUGAACCCAAGCCGCCUGCCUGUGGUCAUUGGAGGCUUGCUGGAUGUGGAUUGCUCUGAAGAUGUCAUCAAGAACCUGAUUCUAGUGGUGAGGGGACAGUUCUCCACGGACGAGCUGGUGGCUGAAGUGGAGAAAAGAAACAGGUUAAAGCUCCUCCUGCCGUGGCUGGAAGCUCGGAUUCAUGAAGGCUGUGAGGAGCCGGCGACGCAUAACGCGCUAGCCAAGAUCUACAUUGACAGCAACAACAACCCUGAGAGAUUCCUGCGGGAGAACCCCUUCUAUGACAGCCGCGUGGUGGGGAAGUAUUGUGAGAAGAGAGACCCGCAUCUGGCAUGCGUGGCAUACGAACGGGGGCAGUGCGACCAGGAACUUAUUCACGUCUGCAAUGAGAACUCCCUCUUCAAGAGCCUGUCUCGCUACUUGGUGCGCCGCAAGGACCCCGACCUGUGGGCCAGUGUGCUGCUGGAAAGCAACCCUUACCGCAGGCCCCUCAUCGACCAGGUGGUCCAGACGGCGCUCUCCGAGACUCAGGAUCCCGAAGAAGUGUCCGUCACGGUCAAGGCGUUCAUGACGGCAGACCUUCCCAACGAACUCAUUGAGCUGCUGGAGAAGAUUGUGCUUGAUAACUCUGUCUUCAGUGAACACAGGAACUUGCAGAACCUCCUCAUUCUGACGGCGAUCAAGGCGGACCGUACCCGUGUCAUGGAGUAUAUCAAUCGCUUGGAUAACUAUGACGCCCCAGAUAUCGCCAACAUUGCGAUCAGCAACGAGCUUUUUGAGGAGGCCUUUGCUAUCUUCAGGAAGUUUGAUGUCAACACCUCUGCAGUGCAGGUUUUGAUUGAACACAUUGGGAACCUGGACCGGGCCUAUGAGUUUGCGGAGCGCUGCAACGAGCCGGCCGUGUGGAGUCAACUCGCCAAAGCUCAGCUUCAGAAAGGGAUGGUCAAGGAAGCCAUCGACUCCUACAUCAAAGCAGACGAUCCUUCCUCUUACAUGGAAGUGGUCCAGGCUGCCAAUGCUAGUGGCAACUGGGAGGAACUGGUGAAGUACUUGCAGAUGGCACGCAGGAAGGCCCGGGAGUCCUACGUGGAGACCGAGCUGAUUUUUGCCCUGGCGAAAACAAACCGCUUGGCCGAGCUGGAGGAAUUCAUCAAUGGACCCAACAAUGCCCACAUUCAGCAAGUUGGUGACCGUUGCUACGAGGAAAAGAUGUACGACGCAGCCAAGCUCCUCUACAAUAACGUGUCCAACUUCGGCCGCUUGGCUUCCACCCUGGUGCAUCUGGGAGAAUACCAGGCAGCUGUCGACGGGGCUCGGAAAGCCAACAGCACCCGGACCUGGAAGGAGGUUUGCUUUGCGUGUGUGGAUGGGAAAGAGUUCCGCCUGGCCCAGAUGUGCGGCCUCCACAUUGUGGUCCAUGCGGAUGAACUGGAGGAGCUCAUCAACUACUACCAGGACCGUGGCUACUUUGAGGAGUUGAUCACCAUGCUGGAAUCCGCCUUGGGCCUGGAGCGGGCCCACAUGGGGAUGUUCACAGAGCUGGCCAUCCUCUACUCCAAAUUCAAGCCGCAGAAGAUGAGGGAGCACUUGGAGCUCUUCUGGUCGCGAGUCAACAUUCCUAAGGUGUUGCGGGCCGCUGAACAGGCCCACCUUUGGGGCGAGCUGGUCUUCCUGUACGACAAAUACGAAGAAUACGACAAUGCCAUCAUCACCAUGAUGAACCACCCGACAGAUGCCUGGAAGGAAGGGCAGUUCAAGGACAUCAUCACUAAGGUGGCCAAUGUGGAGCUCUAUUACAAAGCGAUCCAGUUCUAUUUGGAGUUUAAACCACUGCUGCUCAACGACUUGCUCAUGGUGCUCUCUCCCCGGCUUGACCAUACCCGGGCGGUCAACUACUUCAGCAAGGUGAAACAGCUGCCGCUGGUGAAGCCCUACUUGCGCUCCGUCCAGAACCACAACAACAAAGCCGUGAAUGAAUCCCUCAACAACCUCUUCAUUACAGAGGAAGAUUACCAGGCUCUCAGGACAUCGAUAGAUGCCUACGACAACUUUGACAACAUCUCCCUCGCUCAGCGCCUGGAGAAACACGAAUUGAUUGAGUUCCGGAGGAUUGCGGCGUAUCUUUUCAAAGGCAACAACCGUUGGAAACAGAGCGUGGAGCUCUGCAAGAAAGACAGGCUAUACAAGGAUGCCAUGCAGUAUGCUUCCGAGUCCAAAGACACGGAGUUGGCGGAGGAGCUCCUGCAGUGGUUCCUGCAGGAAGGCAAGCGGGAGUGUUUUGGGGCCUGCCUCUUCACUUGCUACGACCUCCUCCGACCCGACGUGGUCUUGGAGACGGCCUGGAGGCACAACAUCAUGGACUUCGCCAUGCCCUACUUCAUCCAGGUCAUGAAGGAAUACUUGACCAAGGUUGAUACAAUAAAGGAAAAGGUGGACAAGCUAGACGCCUCCGAGUCCCUGAGGAAAGAGGAAGAGCAAGCCACGGAGACACAGCCCAUCGUUUAUGGCCAGCCCCAGCUGAUGUUGACGGCCGGCCCCAGCGUGGCAGUCCCGCCGCAAGCACCUUUCGGCUACGGCUACACGGCCCCUCCGUACGGGCAACCCCAGCCCGGCUUUGGCUACACCAUGUAAGGAAGCGGGCCCGGAGGCCAGCGCCGUUCCGAUGAAUCUCCACCGUCCCUCCCUCUUCCGCUCAACCGGGGAAAGCCUCAUGUCCUUGUAACCUUUCUUUGAUGAAGGACCGUGUUUUCAUUUUGCCCCUUCCUUCCUGCCCUUCUUUCCUUCCUUCCCUCUGGAUCCCCACUUACGAUUAAUCCUCUUUUUAUUUUCACAUUCCACGUCACUUAGAACCUUUCCUUCUAUCCAGCAGGAAUAGCUGUAAAAAUGUUCGAGUUGGCUUUCUCUCUCUCUCUCUCUAUUUCUUCCCCCUGUUCUGGCAAGACUGCUUUUUGACAUGACGCCCAGUCUCUCGUGACUCUUCUUCCGAUUUGCACUCUGUAACGUUUAGACUUCCUUUCCCGAUUCUCUUUUUAAGUUCCGUGUCUGUGAGCAGCUUACAAAUAUGUACUGUCUUUAUCUAAAAAAAUGCAUUUUAUUAACGUUUCGUUGUAUGCUCUUGAAGGGGAGACCGGGUGGAAAGCUAGAUCGGAAAGAAGGGGAAUUUGUAGGGCGGAGCCGAAAUGACAGUUGGCAUAUCCUAACCCGGUUGGGAGUCGAAAUGCUAGUUGGCAUAUCGCUUUAAAGGAAUAUGAGUACAGACAACCUAUCCCGAACCUUACAAACAAUGAACCUAGUAGAAUUUCCCGUCUUUAUUAACCUACGAAGGUUUCCAGUUAGCUGUAGAGAAAAUGCAAGUGUUUUGCUCACUCCGUAUGUAAUAAAACAGGUGACCCUUCUGUUGUGCUACUGUUACCCUGUGCUUUCUUGUGGGGACCAUUUUUUUGAAAAUUUCCAUUGCGGAACAAGAGGGAGCACCACGAAUCCAAUCUCUGCGUGUUUAUCUGACUAACCCUUGCCCUGAGGUUGUGUGUCAUGUUGGGGUAUUGUGUUCGAGGAGACUUUUUUUUCCUGAGUGUACAGAAGAGAGGGAAAGGCAUUAAGGUGGGAGGAAGAACCCAAUUGCUGUUCAGUUUUGUUUGUGCAAUUUAAAAAAAUGACUCUAUAAUUGGGAAAUAAAUAAAUUACUGGACUGUGGACAUUACUCUAUGGUAGUUUUUCCAGUAUCUUAUCUAUAUACAUAAAUAUAUAUAUAUAUAUAUUCGGGUUCCGCUACAAUGUGUAUGUAUGUGGCAUCCAAACAACACAAGGUUGGACUGUGUUUGUUCUUCGGGUCGAAAGGGGGAGGGAUCAGCAAAAUACCAAAUUGUUAACUUUGGAGAUUAUUGACAGGUGACUCACGCGAGAGAGAAAGAGAGAGGACGAAACGUUUUGGGCAGAGAGAGGAUGGCACUUUGGGAGACCGACCGCAUCUUCCACCCAGGUGAAGACAAACAAACAAACCUCUUUAGGGUUGUAGUUUUGAGUGUUUCCCGUUUCAAAAAUCUAAAAAAAAAAAUAAUUAAACAGAUCAUGUUAUAGGUAUGUUAAGUUGCCUUAAUAUAUUUAGCUUCAAAAUAAAAUUGACUUCAAUGUUCAA